CCCAAGAUGGCGGGCACUUGCCUUCAAAUGAAUGUGGUGUUUCCCUUCAUCUGCACUUUGUUCUUCCUUGAUCCGGACUGGGGACGGUUCGAGACCAUGGGCCCGGGAGCCCGGGAGCGGCGGAGGGCCGAGCGGGCCCAGGAAACCUCGUCGGGAGCCGCUGGGACUCAGCGCCGAUCCGUCGCCGCCUCACGCCUGCCCGGCCGCCGUGCAUAUGUAAGAAUUCUUACAAAUAGGAGAUUAUAACAAAAGAAGGAAUAUAGAGGAUUGAAAUGCUAAAGAAAGAGGAAAAACAAGAAGAAGCAACUAAAUCACUGGUUCCCAAAGUGUGAUGCAUGAACUUCUGGUGUUUGAGACCCUUAUGUUGGGGGUGAUGGGGAAUAUCUGCAAGGACUUUUGUGAGAAGAUUGAGAAAGAUGAUGAACAAUAUACCCAAUCAAUCCAAUAUGUGAGCAUUGGCUACAGCUAGAAGAUGCACUUGGAGAAGGCCUAAGCUUAUCUGGUUGGAAUGGAGAAACUGUGAACAGGGCUGAGAAAUUGAUUUGGAGUCCAGAUGUGAGACAAAGACAUUUUUUGGGGAAAAAAUGGCUCCCAAUGUGAGGUAAUGGAAAGAAGUAAAGUCUUUGACCCUGAGGAUUCCAUUUUCAGAAAUGAGUGGCAAAACAAAAGCAAUACUGAGACAAGGGUCUCAAGAGGGAUAUUUUAGUUUUAUUAGGGAGCCUGUCCAUGGAGCUCCUCAUGCUGUCAUAUCAGAAGUGGAAUUCCCUGACCAAUUCUUUGCAGUUUUAACCAUGGACCAUGAAUCGGUGACAUUCAGGGAUGUGGUCAUCAACUUCUCUCAGGAGGAGUGGGAAUAUCUGGAUUCUGCUCAGAGGGACUUGUACUGGGAUGUGAUGAUGGAGAACUACAACAAUUUAGUCUCACUGGAUUUGGAAUCCAGGUGUGAGACAAAGAGUUUAUCUGGAGGAAAAGACAUUAUUGAAAACAAUGGUUCUCCGUGGGAGUUAAUGGAAAGUAGCAAAUUUUUUGGCUUUGAAAGCUCCAUUUGCAGAAAUAACAGGCAGAGCAAAAACAAAAUUGAAGUACAAGGACCUCAAGUGGGAUAUUUAAGUGAAAUGAAAAUCACUUCCAAAAAAGUACCCAAUUUAAAUAAUCAUGAAUCUCUUAAAUUACCUCAGAGAACUCCUGACAGUGAGAAGCCCUAUGAAUAUAAGGAAUAUGAGAAAGUCUUCAUUUGUGACUCCAACUUCAAUGAAUAUCAGCAAAUACAUGCUGGUGAGAAAACCUGUGAAUGUAAUGAAUGUUGGAAAACCUUCGGGAUAGAUAACUCACAUACACUACAACUCAGUAUUCAUACUGGUGUGAAACCGUGUAAAUAUAUGGAAUAUGGGAAUACAUUUACUUUUUAUAAAGACCUUAGUAUACACCAGAAAAUUCAUGAUGAGAAGUUCUAUAAAUGUAAGGAAUAUGGAACCUUUGGAAUAAUUGGAAAAGUUACUCCACUUCAAAGAAAUGAUGGUGAGAAGGCCUAUGAAUGCACAUACUGUGGGAAAUCCUUUCGAGUGCAUUCACAACUGACUCGACAUCAGAAAAUCCAUACUGAUGAGAAAUCUUACAAAUGUAUAGAAUGUGGCAAGGACUUUAGAUUUCAUUCACAGCUUACGGAACAUCAGAGAAUACAUACUGGUGAGAAACCGUACAAAUGUGUACACUGUGAGAAGGGUUUUAGAAUUAGUUCACAGCUCACUGAACAUCAGAGAAUUCAUACAGGGGAGAAACCUUAUGCAUGUAAGGAAUGUGGGAAGGCUUUUGGAGUCUGUAGAGAACUUGCUCGACAUCAGAGAAUUCACACUGGUAAGAAACCCUAUGAAUGCAAGGCAUGUGGAAAGGUCUUUAGAAAUAGUUCAUCCCUGACUAGACAUCAGAGAAUUCACACUGGUGAGAAACCGUAUAAAUGUAAAGAAUGUGAGAAAGCAUUUGGAGUAGGUAGUGAACUUACUCGACAUCAGAGAAUUCACAGUGGUCAGAAACCUUAUGAAUGUAAGGAAUGUGGAAAGUUUUUUAGACUUAGUUCAGCCCUUAUUCAACAUCAGAGAAUUCACAGUGGUGAGAAACCUUAUGAAUGUAAGGUGUGUGGGAAGGCCUUUAGACACAGUUCAGCCCUUACUGAACAUCAGAGAAUUCAUACUGGAGAAAAACCUUAUGAAUGCAAGGCAUGUGGGAAGGCCUUUAGACAUAGUUCAUCCUUUACAAAGCAUCAGAAAAUUCAUAAUGGUGAGAAACCCUAUGAAUGUAAGGAUUGUGGGAAUGCCUUAAGUGUGGAUGGGCACCUUACUUGACAUCAAAAGAUUUAUAUUGGUGAGAAAAAAGUUAUUUAAAUGAAAUAAAUGUGUAAAGGUUUUUGUUUCAGGUUUUCAUUGGGAAAACCAAUGGAUUUAACAGGUAACCAAGGAGAUUCAAUAUAUCCCUCUUUUAAAAUAUGUUUUUGGAUUACGUGGCCAUUCAGUAUUUAGAAGCUGAAUUGUUCAGCCUUAGGUGGUAUAUACUUACAAUUUUGUUAGAUAUUGCCAAAUACUUCUCCUUUUUAAAUCAAUUAAUAUUCUUAUUAUCUAUGGACAUGGGAUGGACCCCAUUAGUCUUUUUUGAAAUGUUUGGAACUUGUUUCCCUAAUUAUGAGUUACUUUCAUAUGUUUAUUAUCCAGGCAUAUUUUGUUUAUAACUUUAGAUGUUUGUGGUCUUUUGACUUUUUUCUUUCUUUUUCUUUUUUUUGUCAUUCUACUUCUUUCCUUCUUAUAUGUGAGGUACUUAUCUUCAUUCAGAGAAUUAGAAUUCCUAGUUGCAGUGCGGUUUUUAGUCUUAUACCCUACACUGUAUUUGUAUAGUUUCCUUGUUUUGUUUUCUGCUAUUUUUCUUUUAAUGAUUUCCAUUUUCAUCAAAUGAUUUACUUCUCUUUAAAUUUCUAUUUUGUUUUGACACAACAGAUUACCCUAAAUAUUUACUAUGUAUAAUACCAAUUUCUUUAAGGAGCCUUUUGACUUCCAGGCAGUACCAGCCAGGAUCCAAAUUAAAGGACACACACCAUAGAUGUCUGCCAUGCCAACAGUCCUCUUCUGGGGAAAGUGGCCCUAGCAGGUACAAUUUGCAUUUUUCUUUGGCUUUGCCUGUGCAUCGACUCUGACCAACAGAAUUACUCAACUCAGAAACCUGUGUCAUUUUUCAUUCUCCUUUCUCUUACUACAUUCAAUCCUUCAGCAACUUCUAACAUUUCCCCCUUAAUAAAAACCAUCUAUGUCUCUCCAUACCUACUACCAACAUACUCAUCCAGGCCACCAUUAUCUCUUACUUGAAUAUCAUAAUCCCCUUUUUUUUUUUUUUUUUUUUGAGACAGAGUCUCACUCUGUUGUCCCGGAUAUCGGGUUAGCCACAGAUUGCAAAACAGUUAACAGUAGCUAAUAUUUGAAAUAUUCUAAGGAACUUUCAAUUUUGUUGGAAGUUAAACUAUCACUUAAAUGAAGACAUAUGACAUAUACAAGCAUGCAUGUAUGUAUGCAUACAUAUGUAUAUAUGUAAAACCCAAAUACUCAGCACACAAGAUAGACUGAACUAUUUGCCACAUUAAUAAGAGAAAAUUGGGGAAAGCAGAAAGGAAGGUUAUUUCCAAAGAGAAACAGUAGAUUCCAGGUUACUUGAUAGAUCUUUCUGGGCAUUUGCCAAGAGAGAAAAAAAAUCGUAUCCUGAAAAAAUAAACCAUUUAAGGAACAAAGAUAAAAAUCCCAAGGCACCUUAAACAUGGCUUUUAGAUGUGACAAGUUCCUCCUUCUCUUGGGAUCUCUCUUGGAGGACAGAAAUGGGAGACAAUACGCCUCCUCUGGGGGCCAAAUGUUACUCUGCCUCUCCCCUACCAUGGUUGGGUUAUAUCAGAGGAGACUGGCCCUUCCAUGUCAAUCUCAGUGUCACAGAAAAGUGCUCCUUUACUGUCAAGGUGCCGACCUGUCUUGUGCUCCCCAGAUGACUAUGUAUGACAUACAGUCACAGACACAGUCACGGUCUCCUCAAAUCCACGCACACACAGUGCUGCAGUGACACAUCUAAUAUUGACAAGUACCCCCCCUUCCACGCCCCACACAGUGCUGCACAGUCACAAUGCCCACGGGGACAGAGUAACAGCCGCACAGUCACAAAACUCCUAUAGCUGCACACAGAGAGAGACAUGGUCACACACAGUCAUAAGCACACAUCCACCACAGGGAUACAGUCACACCCGCACACACAGCGUUACACUCCUUCACCAAUUAACAAUCAUAACACAAGGACUCACAGGACAGCUGCAUAAUACUCCCCACAUCCGCACACAAGGUGUCACACACAGUCACAAUCUCACACACACAACGCUAGGACAUACAGCCACACGAACACAAUUGCCCAACCGCCCUUCCUCAGCCCGUUACGCCUCAACACACUCAGUCUCAAUCCCCGCCCCGGGGAGGGUUCUAGACUCCUCACCUCCUGCCUCCCCCGGAUCGCGUCAGCAUGCGCUCGCCCUGCCAAACCGUUUGGGAACCAGCGCGGCGCUCCACAGAGCCGCCAGCCUCGCGGUCUUUGAGGAGCCGGGGGACGCGGCGCCUUGUGGGAAAUGUAGUUCGGAUCCACACCCGCCACGGACAAGAUGGCGCCUGGCCCGAGCCGGGCCAAGCCGAUUGCCCGCGAUCCUCGAACCGCGCCUGGGAGUCGUCCGGGGGUCCUGGCCUAGCAUGGCACCGUGGCUCCUACAGGAAGCCAGCCCAGCGUGUUUGAGCUGAUCUUGUACUCUGGCACACCGCUGCCCUCUCCUAGAGGCAGCGUAGACACAAGUACAAUGUUAUCAUAACUAAGUCUUGAGACUCGGCCUACUUAUACUGUCGCCCCCGCCAGGAAGACGGCCCCACGGCCUCUGGCGGAGGAAAGGAGGUUCGCGCGGAAAGCUGACUAGAACCCUGACUCUUCUGGGAAGUGUAGUCCACAGUCAAUGAGUGGCGUGGGGGACGGGCCGAGAUCGGCUGGUCCCCUCCAGUUCUGAUCCCGGACCUGGCAGAGCUCUGGGGACCUGUGGAAGUGCUCGCCCGCCGAAGGAGUGCGCAGGCGCAGACUCUCUGGCUCGCCAUGGUCGUCUUUGUCUGCUGGUGAGUUUGGUUUCGGCGGUGAGGGACUUCGGUUUGUGGGCCCGAACCCCGCCCGGGGGUCUGAGAGAGAGCAUUCGUGGUGCCUGCGCCGGGGCUGGGGAGGCUGAAGGGGAUGAAUCGCCUCUUGUGACGUGCGGCGUCUAGAGCUCGUGUGGAUGGCAGCAGGGGCAGGUAGGACACGGGUGGGCUCGCGGGUGGGUCGCCGAGGUUGAGGGGUGUUUGGGAUUGUAGAGUUAGUGAGAAACUGCUUCUAAGUUUGUGAAGACAGAUGGGUGGCUUCGUGAGGAGUAAACUCUAAGCCUCACUUUCCUCAUUUCUGAAAUAAUCGAUUAUAAGGAUGUGUUUUUCUGGAAAAUAAGAAAGGGAAAAGGCUAAGGAAUUUAGCGAAUUAAAAGAGAUUUUUAUAUAAAAGCAAACCUAUUGUGGAGUACAAAACAAAAUCAGCAUUCUUUUUGUAUGUUUUUUUGUUUUUGUUUCAGAGGAAAGAUUUCCGAAAAACUUGUUACUGGGUGCCUGUAGUCCCAGCCAGCUUCCUUGUGCAUUGCCAGGAGCUGCACUUUCCUUACCCCUCAACAGCUCUUAGAGUCCUGAGGGCUCAGCUUGAAUUCUGGAAUGCUGCUUUGACCCCCAACCGUAAUGUCAUGUCGAAGUCCUGUGUCACUUUUUCAUUUACAAGCUUAAAGUCACCAGUUCAAACAAGAAGAGCAAUGGAUGAUUGAGGAAGAAAUGUAAAAGAAGGUUCUCUCUAGAAGCCUGGGAAAUUUAUAAACAGAUAAAGACACAACAUGAAAGACUUAAGAGUUAAGUCUCAUCUUCUCUGUGAAAA